AUGAGGAACUUUACGACGAAGAGCUGCAAGAAAGUGUCUUGGCAGUGCUCUAAGGACCCAACACACAUAUGGGAACCCAGGAUUUACGCCCGCUCGGUAUCAACUGGACGUUGCUCCAAGUGCAAGUUCGUGUCGUUCAAGAGCUACGCUGCAAAGCACAAGCCGGUUUUGCUGCAGCAAUGGAACUACGAGAAGAAUGGCGAGCCUGCAUCUUUCUCGUCCGCCAGUGACAAGAAAUGCUCUAAGGACCCAACACACAUAUGGGAACCCAGGAUUUACGCCCGCUCGGUAUCAACUGGACGUUGCUCCAAGUGCAAGUUCGUGUCGUUCAAGAGCUACGCUGCAAAGCACAAGCCGGUUUUGCUGCAGCAAUGGAACUACGAGAAGAAUGGCGAGCCUGCAUCUUUCUCGUCCGCCAGUGACAAGAAGACCAAGGGGCGCCCGAUAUGCCCCAAAAUGGUGAUAGGUUCCGUUACCGCCGCCAAGAUCGGUUCACAAAUGGCACUAGCACAGCUCUCCGCUUACAGAAGUCAUUCCAGGCUCCUAAAAGAAAAUGAAGAUCAGAUGCGAGAACUAUCACGAGUACGCUACCAAGGUUCAGAGCCGCUUUUGAAUAACAGUGACUGUCUAUCAUGCCUGCUCAAGUCCGAAGCUUGCGCUCGCAAGACCUUUGAGGAGCUGUUUCCAGGCAAGAUGUUCGAAAAAGUGAGGCUUUCGUUCAUGGAAGGAUUGGACCUGGACGGUUACUGCGAAGAGCUAUCUAUGGCAUUCGAAUACGAUGGAAUACAACACGAUAUUGAGAAGGCACAUUUCCACCACACACCAACCGCAUUCAUGGAGCAGCUAAAGCGUGAAGCUCUCAAGAAUGUUAUCUGCCAAAAGUACGGGAUCAAGCUGGUUCGAAUCCCAUCAAGGAUCCUGACGCCAUGA